GAGAAAAAAGGUUGGGCUGCUUGCCCUUCCUUUGCUUUUUGGUACUUUCUUUCCGUCUCCGGUUUAUUUUUCCUUCGUCCUGGAUGCGCUGGUCGCGGGUUUGAUCUGACCAAGACGUAGAGGCGGUGGUAGAGGUCCGUGGGGUGGGCGGUGGCUUGCUAGAGUUAGGUCCUUGGCGCAUUCAGGCGGGUGAGGAAGGUGAGGGGCUCAGGGCUUUCGGUGGUUGCUUGCUUGCUUGCUUGCUUUGCCUUUCUCGCGGUAAAAUCGGAUCUUUUGGGGUUUUGCGCGCCGCUAUUUGAUUCUUCUUGGCUGGCUUCGCCUGCGCCUUUGUUUUGGGGUUUUGCUGGGUUGGUUUCUUCGCGAUUGUGGUCGAGGGCGGUGCGGCGGGUGCCUCAGGCACAGCUGCGAGGGUUUCUCUGGGUCUGGGGCAACAUCCACUCUUCCCGUUUGUGAUUCGACCUUCUGGCUUGCCGCCGAGACAUUGAAGACACAGUAAUAGAACACAAAAAAUGGGUAAAAAGGGAAAGUGGUUUAGUGCUGUCAAGAAAGUCUUCGGCUCCUCUGAUCCAGAUGGAAAGGAAGCAAAGGUUGAGAAGGCGGAUAAGUCAAAAUCCAGGAGGAGAUGGCCAUUUGGAAAGUCGAGGCACUCUGAUCCUUCUACCUCAAUGGUGUCAGGGACUGCUCCAGUAGCUCCGUUGCCUCCGCCACCACCAAUACAACUUACUCAGCCACACUCCCAGGAGAUUAAAGAUGUCAAGCCAGUUGAAACAGACAGUGAGCAGAACAAGCAUGCAUACUCUGUUGCCCUUGCAUCCGCUGUUGCUGCUGAAGCUGCUGCAGUUGCUGCCCAGGCCGCUGCUGAGGUUGUGCGCCUCACAGCAGUUACCACGGCAGCACCAAAAAUGCCUGUAACUUCAAGGGAAGAACUUGCCGCCAUCAAGAUUCAGACUGCCUUCAGGGGUUAUCUGGCAAGGAGAGCAUUGCGGGCACUAAGAGGGCUAGUUAGAUUGAAGUCACUUGUCGAUGGAAAUGCUGUCAAGCGCCAAACUUCUCACACUUUGCAUUGCACACAAACGAUGACAAGAGUUCAAACUCAAAUCUACUCUAGAAGGGUGAAGUUGGAGGAGGAAAAACAAGCUCUUCAAAGGCAGCUCCAAUUGAAACAUCAAAGGGAACUUGAGAAAAUGAAGAUUGAAGAAGACUGGGAUCACAGCCAUCAAUCCAAAGAACAAAUUGAGGCCAGCCUAGUUAUGAAACAAGAAGCUGCACUAAAACGAGAAAGAGCACUUGCAUAUGCAUUUUCUCACCAGUGGAGAAAUUCUGGUCGAACUAUAACCCCAACUUUCACAGAACCUGGGAAUCCUAACUGGGGCUGGAGCUGGAUGGAACGCUGGAUGACAGCAAGACCUUGGGAGAGCCGAUUGGCAGCAUCAGACAAGGAUAAUAAAGAGCGUUCUCUGACAAAGAAUUCCAGCAGCAGUGCUGUUCGAAUGUCUGUACCCCGUGCCAUCUCAAUCCAGAGGCCAGCAACACCAAACAAGUCAAGCCGUCCACCAAGCCGGCAGUCACCUUCAACACCGCCAUCGAAGGCACCAUCUACCUCAGGAAAGACCAGGCCAGCAAGUCCAAGGGGCAGCUGGCUGUACAAGGAAGAUGACCUGAGGAGCAUCACAAGCAUACGCUCUGAACGCCCAAGGAGGCAAAGCAUAGGCGGAGGCUCGGUCCGGGAUGAUGCAAGCCUGACUAGCACACCACCUCUCCCCAGUUAUAUGCAGUCGACAGAGUCUGCGAGGGCAAAGUCUCGAUACCGCAGCUUGUUGACUGAAAAGCUUGAGGUUUCAGAGAGGGCACCUCUGGCCCAUUCGGUUGUUAAGAAGCGCCUCUCCUUCCCUGUCAUCGACAAACCGAGCAGUCCACCGGCAGAUAAGACAAAGGAAAGAGCGAGGCGCCAUUCAGACCCUCCGAAGGUUGAUCCUGCAAUGCUGAAGGAUGCCCCUGUUGCCUGAUCAGGCCCUUGUGAUUGUUAGGUUUCGUGCUGUUUUAACUCCAUGAUGUAUUUUCUAUGUUAGAUUGUUUUCUCUGCGUAAUGUCUAAUCUGUCCGGGUUGAUUUGAGAAUUGAGGCAAUUCUAACUGUAUUUGCUGUCAUGGUUUUCUCCCUGUAGAUUGAUACGUGUGAUUCUAAUAGUGUAUGCCCUUGGCUUUCAAUGUACGAUAUAACGGUUUUUGACAGACUUUCUUAA